AGUAGGAAACCAGGGUACAAGUUUAAACGGACAGUAGACGCUGGUUUCUGGAUAGUUUGCUUUAUCCAUUGUUUCCUUGUGUUACAGAAAUGGAAAUGUGUUGGCCAUCAGGUAGCAUUUUGCUAAUGGAGCCAGAACUUAACAAAAAUCCAGUGGAAGGCUUUUCAGCAGGCUUAAUAGAUGAUAAUGAUCUCUACCGAUGGGAAGUCCUUAUUAUUGGUCCUCCAGACACGCUUUAUGAAGGUGGUGUUUUUAAGGCUCAUCUCACUUUCCCAAAAGAUUAUCCCCUCCGGCCUCCUAAAAUGAAGUUCAUUACAGAAAUCUGGCAUCCAAAUGUUGAUAAAAAUGGUGAUGUAUGCAUUUCUAUUCUUCAUGAGCCUGGGGAAGAUAAAUAUGGUUAUGAAAAGCCAGAGGAACGCUGGCUUCCUAUUCACACCGUGGAAACCAUCAUGAUUAGUGUCAUUUCUAUGCUGGCAGACCCUAAUGGAGAUUCACCUGCUAAUGUUGAUGCUGCGAAAGAAUGGAGAGAAGACAGAAAUGGAGAAUUUAAAAGGAAAGUUGCCCGCUGUGUAAGAAAAAGCCAAGAGACUGCUUUUGAGUGACAUUUAUUCAACAACUAUAACUUCACUUAUUUCAGGGUCUCCAAUUGAGAAACAUGGCACUGUUUUUCCUGCACUCUACCCACCUAUUGCUGGACUUCUGUUGUAACAAGUUGGCAAACACUGGCUGGAACUGGGCUGCAAUAAAACAUGCCAGUAUCAGUGCUGACAAAAGCCUAACAAGUGCCAACUUACAGAUGAUUUCACAUUUUGAAUUCUAAUGAACUGUUUUAACCUUCAGGAAGAAUUGUAAAGACCUGUACAUAGCACAACAUGAUCCGGAUAAUAUAUAUACUAUUCAUGUACAUCCACAAAUACACCUUGUACCAAAUAAUGCUUUCUUGUAGUAGAGUAAGAAUCGUGUAAAUUCUGAAAGAUUUUAGAACUUUUUUUCCAUAUUGUUUAUCAGUUUUAAAGGACUCCUUAAAGCAUGUCAGAUGAAAAGCAAUUAGGAUUAAAAGUUUCCAUUGAAUUUCCUUUAAACCAUUGAGACUUCAUUAAACUCUUUUCAUUUACUAAACUUUGUAUCUUCUUUGUUUUGAUACGCUCCCCUUUGCUUUCUUCUCUACUACCUGCUGGGAAGUUUUCCAGUCAUUUAAUUCAAAUACAAAAUACUUAAUAAGCAGCUACUUGAUUUUUAAUGAUGACUUCAGAGGAGUGGUCAUCACUAGGUGCUUUGUCCUUUUUGUACUCCAGUUGCACCCACCUCUUGGAUUGGAUGUAGCAAUAACAUUUUUUGCGUGUUGAGAGCUCUUGAAUUUAGUCAUCCUGGAGAACUAAAAAGAGUUGGUUCUGCAUUCCACUUACUGAAAUUUACUCCAAACAAUACAAAAUUCUGAUUUGGUUUUAUUCUUUCCCUCCGGUUACUUAAUGUUAAGGUUGGACAAAUAAAGCAUGCAGAGCUAUAAGGCUUUCUACUUAACUUCUGGGUUUGCUAUUUAAACUGCUGUUUACCCUCAUACUCUUCUACUUAGCCUGUAUAUUUCUUUUCCUCUAUUCUUCUAUACUGCAGAUUUUUCUCCAUUUAUUGUACAAAGAAAUUGUGAUGUAUAUUUUCAUGUAAUUUGAUUUUGGAAUUCUGUCACCUUAUGUAGUGAGUUCUUCCAAAAUAUAAUUUUUUUUCCAAUAAUUGUCAAGUUGUUGGCUUUUAUUGUAUUGAAUGAAGGUUAUAUAAUACUGAAUGCCAGAGAAGUGCAGUUUAGAAAAAUCUCAGGUUGAUUCCUUAUGCAAACAAACUUAUACUUGAAAAAUCACAUGGCCAUGGCAGAAUAUGUAUUAGGCCCUAUCUAGAUUGUUAUGUGAAUCUCAGCAUUAGAGGAAUGUAAAUGCUUUUCUAUUUGACAUACUUAUUCUGUCACUGACAGUGCACUUGGAAUUUAUUAAUAUUUGAGCAUAAGUAUUUUUCUUAAGUUAUCUGAAACAAGGAAAUGGUAAAAUGAGCAUGUGCAGUGUUAAAGGCAGGCCCAGGUUCCUCUGUGUUUGGUGUGAGGUUGGGAUUGGAAAGUAGUAGUAGUCUUCGGCAUAUAAGGGACAGAACCAAAUAGAACACAGUAUUUAAUUGUGAGAAUCAGUGAGAAUUGACACAUCUCUGCUCUGAGGUUUGGAGAAAUGCCUUGGCAAAGCAGUGAAAGGUUUUGUGCAAUUAGCUCAGUCCCCCACGAACCUUGCAUGCCAUUUUUAAAGCAUAAAUAAAAUAGUUGAGGAUAUAGUCACAGUAGAGGGUGAUUUUUCUAAAACCCAGACUGUUCUCCUUUUUGAAGCAUUAUAAAAACCCAUAAAUGUGUAAUGACUGAAUGUGAAAAUUGAUUUGAUUUGAUAAUUGUAGCUCAAUUUUCUUCAAGGACUUUGUGACAUUUUAUUCAGACUGUAAAAAUUGUUUCCCCAAAGUGCCAGUAAUGCACACCUACCUGGGACUUCGGACGCCAUCCCUUUCAUUCUUGAAUCAGAAAUUGUUCACAUGGUGAUUGCUUAUUGCAAAAUGGAGUCUGAAUUUUGCUCUCCUGUUGCUGUAAUUUUGCUAGCAAUCUGUUGAGUUAAAACCUGGUAUUUGACUCUUCGGGGAGUAGCAAAUGACCUAGUAACUCAGGGACAACUAUUCUUGAACGUUUAAGUGCCACUUUACUGCAGUUACUUGGGUAUAACCAUGUGUUUUUUAGGGUAGAUGUAGGGGAGUAGAAGGGGAAGCUGGAAUGAGUGCACCGCUGUUGACAUGCCAUUCCAUCUGGCACUCUGACCGUGCUACAUUAGGAAACAGGCCUUGAUAGGUGUUUUGACUUUUCCCCAGUCAGAGGUGUCAUCUGUGCCUUUCCCAGUAUCCGUCUGACUGUGUGAAUUUAAAUGCCUCUACAUUUGAUACUAAACCACACUCAGGUGACACUGAUCGAUGUGGCAUUUGUCCCACCAGUGCCGCAUCAUUAGUGUGAGGUGAGUCCCCUCUGCUUUAGGAAAAGGGGUUUUCUCCCUAACUUUGUGCCAACUAUCAACAGCAUCUCCAUAGUAUUAUGGAUUAUAGAACUGUUGGCUAUUCGCUAAAUUUAUUCCAAGUUCUUGUAAAGGCUUACAGAUUUCAGCUUGUGCUCAUCAUGGGAUGAAUGAUCUCAGUGGCUUUCUGGCCUCUUUGUGAGUUUAAAAUCCAUAUAAGGUUGGUUUCUUUGUCAUAAUAAGGUAAUAUCUUUGUGAGUUUAUUGCACUAGUUCUGUGAUCACUUGGGUGUCAUAGUAUCUUUAAUGGCCUUCAUUCCUGGUUGUGAAAUUUUAUUUAAUAUGCUCAUUCACCCUUUACAAAUCUGCCCAUUUUGGGAUGUGGUGCCUGUGUAUCUUUGCCGUCUGGUCUCCAGUUAGUGGAAUUACCUUUUUUGUACUGCCACUCGCAGCAUAUUUGAAAUUUGACAUAAUGUUGCUUCAUUCCAGUUUUUUUUUUUUUAGUUCUGUAAUUUGUUGAUUGUAUUUAACUAUGUGAGUUCUGUUGUGAUGUUUACUGUAUUGUAAAGCACCCCGAUCUUGUGAUGGGUGCUCUAUAAAUCAAUAAAUGAUGACUUAGAGGCUG